UUUGUCCCAUACAUGCCCUGAUGAGGUGUGAACUUCCCCUGCUUCUGGAGAGAUUUUGCCUGAGCUUGCUUUAAGCCAAGAGGACACAUUUUCAGCCUCAUAACUACAUACAUGAAAUUAUAACCUAGAACCUCACUCUGACAUCACUGUAACAACAAUGCUCAGUUCAUCACGAGCCUUCCGAAGCCACCCGACAUGACAAACUUUGCAUUGGAUGCCACACAAUCAUUUUACAAGGAUGAACAUGGGGGCCCUGGGCGUUCCCCCGAGACACAGAGUGUCACAGUUUACAAACAGGUGUUCCCAAUGAAAAGGCAUUUUUGCUGAACAAUUUCCCAGGCUCACAAUCCAUGGGACCGUACUGCCUCUCCCGUGCUGAGCACACACAGCUCCCAUCGCAAUCAUCGGACACUGUGGGGGCUCAGUUCCUCUGAGAGCCAGGCCAGACCAGACACCGCAGGGAGAGGCAGGGCUGGGACAGCGAAUGGCUUGAGUGCUGCAAUGGGCUAUGGAGUCUUUUGUCUCUAGGUCACCAAGUCCAAUUUGGCCCACCUCAAUUCCAAUGGGCCAGCUCUCUCCUGGCCUAUCACCUCUGUGCCUGAAGCCUGUCUGUUGGGAUGUACCGAUUCCCUGCUCGGGAUCUGUAAUGCAAACCAUUCUAGCUGGCCCAGUCCCGGCCAAGCUCCAGCUUCUGCAGUCAGGAAUGAGGGGUGGGUGCGUUCCCAGAAGGCCUGAUCCUGGUGCCCCAUGGGGCUCCUCCUGCAGCAGAAUGUCUCAGCAUGAGCCGGUGCAUCAGAGCGUGGCCGGAGAACCUAAGCAAGGAGCAGACCUGGCACCACGCCGGCAGGGGCAGCUCCUGGGAACAGGCCAGGGCGCAAGGAGAGACUGUUUCCUUGGCCCCAGGCACACGACCCAGCUCCCUGGCGGGUCUUGCAUCCAGAGCCAGCUCCAUGGAACGUGUGAACAUCUCCCCAUGGGAGCGGAGAGUCAUGCAGAGCCCGGCCCUCCCCACAGGCCGCAGCAGCUGCCACAGCCCCGGGAAAGGCCAGUGGGGCAGCAGGACGAGACCCGGCCCAUGCGGGGCACCACGUGGGCCAUGAAGACUGAAGUUCUGCAACCCUCCUGGCGGGGGCUCCCUCGGUGCCAGGGUGAGGCGCUCGCCCUUCCAUUGCCUGUGCACAGCUCCAUGCCAGGCAUUUUGUGCUCACUCAGUAACGAGCUCGUUUACCCAUACGGGGCACUGCACCCUGCCCCGAGCAGUGGUGGGACACGGAGCUCCCCAAAUCUUGGCAGCAGCAGCUGGGUAGGCCAGGAGCAUAUCUAAGGUGGCUGGGUGCUGGGCAAGCUGAGAGGUACAGCAGUGUCGAGGGUGCUUGGGUUGGGGAUGCAUUGCGAGGGUGUCUGAAGGAUGC